AUAACCUUCCCAAACACCCCAUUUUAGUCAUUCAUUUAUUGGGUAUUUGGGUUACCGGGUCCGACUAAUGUGUUUUUCUAGACCCGACAAAUUCAUCAGUAAAGAAACCUGAACAAAUACAUAAUCAUAAAAAAAACACAGGUUUUUUGUUAAUAAUAAUAAUAUGGGUUAUGUUCAAGAAGCUAGAGAAAACCAUGUUAAGAAGAAGGUUGAAGAAGCUUUACGGAGCAAAAUGAAGGCAAAGGCGCUAAAAGAAUGCGAUUAUUAUACUUCUAAAUAUGCAGAGUGCGCUACGGGGAGAACAUUUUCAGUUGUUUGGAAGUGCCGUAAGCAAGCUAAGGAAUUAAAUACUUGUCUUCAUGACUAUACAAAUGACCAAGUAUUGGAAAAAAUGAAGAAAGAGUACUCACUUCAAGAGGAAUCCAAGAGACCGGUGGGAGUUUAAAUGCGUUGUUCCUUUUCUGGACGUUUGUGAUCUCUGUCCCCAUGAACUUUACUUCAUGGUUCCAAAUUUUCCGUUUGAAUUUAUCAAUUGUUAAACAAACAUAAAGCUUGUAUAUGUUUAUCGUGAGGACACGGACAUGUGGUUAGAAUUUGCACUACGAAAAAAAGAUAUGAACUCCGUUUGGGACUUUGCUUGCAGCUA